CAUGCAUUAUCACCAAGGGGUCUGCAGGCCCGGCGCACACCCCUACCACCUGUGUGAUGUCCCAACCGAUGCUGAAAUAAAUGGGAGAAUCCCUUCCUCUACCUAUGUCGCCACUAUACCUGCCAUCCACAGAAUGGCUACAUACAACAUUGUUUUGUCGUUUUUAUCAGUCGUUUUCGCGUAUAUAGGCUUCACUCAAUACCGAAACCACAAGCGAAAAGAAGAGGAGAACAAGGCUGUUGCAGAGCGUCAUGGCUGCCUUCCAGCCACACGGCUUCAAAAUCAACGCCCAUGGGGCAUUGACCGCCUGGAACAAAUCUUUAGGGCAGAUGCCGAGUCACGAUUGAUGGAGUUGUUUCUAUUCCACUUUCGCCAAACGGGCAGCACGUUGGAACAGAAAUUCCUGGGUACAAAAGCAUACGGCACCAUAGAGCCCGCCAAUCUUGAAGCGAUUUUCUCUUCAAACUUCAAAGAUUUCGGUAUAGGCCCUCGAAGGGCCAUCACUUUCCCUAUGUUUGGGGAUGGCAUUUUCACCCAAGAAGGCCCAGCGUGGAAGCAUUCGAGAGAUCUAUUACGACCACAGCUGCAGCACAAACAGUACGAAGACCUGGAAGUGUUUGAAGAGGCUGUGGAUGAUCUGAUUGAUCUUCUCAAGAAGGAAACUGAAGGUGGUGGAGUCAUCGAUCUCCAACCAUUAUUCUUCCGGCUAACCUUGGACAUUACAACCGCUUUCUUGUUCGGAGAAUCAGUCAGGAGCUUGGUUACACCUGAAGCGGCCGGGGAACGUACAUUUGCCAAUGCAUUUAACACCGCUCAGCAGUGGGUAACGAAGCGCUUUCGUCUUCUUGACCUUUAUUGGUUAGUGAAUGGCAAAGAAUUCCGCCAGGCUUGCGACGAUGUCCAGACAUUUGCGGAUAGCCUAAUCGAUCGCAAUCUCUCCCCCAAGCGAGCUCGCAGUGAGAAGAAGGGCAAAUAUGUUUUCUUAGAUACAAUCGCUCAGAACUACUCCGAUCGGUCGGCAUUAAGAGGCCAAAUCAUCAAUCUUCUCGCUGCGGGGAGGGACACCACCGCUUGCUUACUUUCUUGGACAUUUUUCUUGCUUAUCCGACACCCAUCCGUCCUGCAAAAGCUGCGAGACGAAAUAGACUCGGUCUGUGGUACAACUCCAGGUCUCACGCGCAGUGUCUUGCGGAAGAUGCCCUAUCUACAAAAUGUGCUCAAUGAAACCUUGCGACUGUACCCUUCUCUUCCCGUCAACACCCGAACAGCUAUAAGAACUACGGUUCUUCCCGUAGGAGGUGGCCCUGACGGAACAUCUCCAGUUCUAGUACCGAAGGGCAGUGCGUUGGCGUUCAGCGUUUAUUCCAUGCAUAGAAGGCCUGAUCUAUAUGGUAUGGAUGCUGAAUUAUUUCGCCCGGAAAGGUGGGAGGAAGAGAUGCCUAUGCAGAAGGAUCACACUAAACAUAAAUGGGGUUUUCUUCCGUUCCACGGGGGACCGCGCAUUUGUCUUGGCAUGGAUUUCGCGCUUACUGAAGCCGGAUAUACGGUUGUCCGUAUUCUCCAAGAGUUUCAGUCAAUCAGACUGCCAGAAGGAGAACCUGUCGAGUUGGUCGGUGUGGAAAAACAGCAGAUGACACUCGUGAUAUCGAUUAAAGAUGGAUGCAUGGUGAAGUUACAGUAG